CUUCCUUGUAACUUGCUGCAAUCUCUCGUGAGACCACGAUCUUCAGCUAUCAUCACAAUUACAAGAGUUCUUUAUCCUUCUGCAAGGGCCCAUUUGAGAGAGAAAGAUGCGUCAGGAGGAGUGGGGGGAGGAGGAGGCUGUAUUCGGCGAAGGUUGUAUAUCAUGCGAGGAAGUGUCAUCGGAUUCGCGCUCGAAUCGUACCGGGCAGCCACAGAGACUGUUACUGAUCAGCGUUUGCACUUGCUUUGGGCUCAAUGUUCACACAGUACAUACCUUGUAAGAGUCUAAGCAUGCUGGUUUGCUCAUGGCUUUACGCCGUUGCAAGGUGUUGUCCUGCCUUGGCUGAUUCAAAUUGAGAGGUCGCGAAGAAAGCCAUCUUGCGCGCAGGCGAUAUGCAAUGGCCGCGCCCAGGAAGGUCGCUCUUCGACCAAAAGGUAUGCUCGACUAUCCACUUGCGGGGCUUCAAUCGACUACAGCCGCCGUCAUAUCGGCGUCGUGGAUGGCGACAGAUGGUUCUGGCAAAGUAGUUACAGUAAGACCUUUCCAGGGAUAUCUCACGUCUCGACGUCUCGUCUGCCCUCGUUGCCCCUACAUGCGGUGUUGGAGGAGCAACAUUUGGCUGGUGGUAAGAGAGUUGAUGGCAGGCUGCAGCAUCAACGCUGGUUCAGUGUGUUCUCCGAUGGUUUAGGUCACACGUUCUUCCUCAACAUCAAUACAUGGCAAAGCUCUGUUGUUCGUGGUGGUCAGUUUGUAUCGUUGUACAGGCAUUGCAACUCCAGUAUCUUCCGACGAAGGUUUCUGUUAUGAGUUGAGGCACAUGGUCGACCCUGUCGGUAGGCUCGUUUGGUUGGAAAGGGCAGAGAAUGUGUUUUUUGCAAGCAAAUGUGGCUGCUGGCGAGAAUUUAAAAGAGCAAGGUCUGCUGGUCAGAAAAGUGCAAAGCCGACGUGACCGUCAACUCCACCAAACCCAACCCAAUGCUGUACAAGAAGUGACGGCUUUCACUUCACAGACUGCUACACACAAGCACCACUAUCUCUAUACGCAUCGAAACAUACCCA